UGUUCCUAAUGCGCCUGCGAACAUCUUUCCGAAUUUUCCUAAAUAGUUGUCUUUCGUCAUUGCACGCAAUAAGUUGAAGAGCCUCGUUGAAAUUAUGAGAACUGAAUUUUUAACGUGAAAAUAAACGUUUUCCAACGUUAUCGUAACACAGAAAUCAUUUAAACGUGUAGAAUGUGAUUCACAUGUUUUGGAGUACACCCAUUGAGAGCUACUUGAUUGUUCAAGUAUUAUCUUGGGAUUGUAAUGAAUUUUAUGGUGACAAUAAUAAAAGGAUUAAAAUAAUCUAUGUAAUAAGCUUAAAUAAUUCUCUUAUUUGAGUUAAUAAUUAAACACAAUGAUGAAAGUAAAGAAUUUCUAAAGUAAUAUCUUAAGAGAAACAGUUUUAAUAUGUAGAGCGCAAUACAUAUUUACCACAGGUUCUGAUAGUGAUAGUCGUCCAGGUCUUGCAUUAUCCUGUAAUACUAGAGAUGUUGAAUGAUUUCCAGUCCAUGAAUAAGACCGAUGUCUUUGAGGAGAUGAUUCUACACCAGCAUAUAUCGGAUGUUUCUUUGGUAAGUAUUUAGAUGUUAAAACACUCCACUUACAUUUAUAAUCAACACAUAAAAUUUACAAAUAACUGCUAUUCUUUGUUAGAUAAGAAUUAUAUUAGAAAUCUAAUUACCACACUUCUAAUCUAAUUCUAUAGAAUCAAAUGUAUUAAUUAAUUAAAACACAGUUGCACAAGCUUAGAGUAAUUAUUAAUUCACCACAUAUUUUAAUGCAUAUUAAUAAUAAACAGAAGCUUUAGAUAAAAUUCUUGUGAAAAAAUAAAGAAGAACAUAAAAAUGUAAUAUUUAUGUAUCUAUUAAUAAUUUAUUCUUAAUAAUGAACUGUAUUUGCACGUAACUCAUAAUUGAUCAUUAAUAUAUUUUACUUAUGUUAAAGUUUUUAAUAAAAGUAGCAUAACAAUCUGCGACCGUCCAUAAUUGCAAACUCACUACUUUCCUUGGUGAACAUUAAGUAUGGAAUUCAUUUGAGAUAAGAAGAGUGCUUUAAAUCAUUGAUGUGAUAACAAGAAAUAUGCUCUACCACAAAAUUAACUAACACAUUGAAAGUGUGACAAAUAUACAAUCAGAUACCGUGACGAUCUUAAUAUUAUUGAAACUUGUAACUGCGUCAGAAGGAUUGGAUAUUGUUACAACAAUGAAUAUAAUUUACACAGAAACAUUCGUUUAACAUACGAAUUCGUGACACGUCAGACAUAUCCAUUUAAGACAGUACAUAAUAGAUGUUUCAAAUCACUCAAACAAAAAUAUAUUUGUAAAUAUGUAUAUAUCAUUCCGGUUUAACAUAGAAUUAAGGUUAAGAAGUAACAGACGAAUGUAAUUAUAUCCGUAUCGGAUUUGAAUUAAUAUAUAUAUAUAUAUAUAUACAUAUUAUAAAAAUGUUAAGAAGGCGGAAAGUUAAUAUUAAAACUGUUAAAGAACUGGAUGCAUUUCCAAAAGUUCUUGAACCAUAUGUUGAUAAGACUGCAGUUGGAGGAACUUUUUCCAUAUUUACAAUCUGCACUAUUGCAUAUUUAAUAAUAGCAGAAACAAAUUAUUAUCUAAACAGCAGAUUGCAAUUCAAAUUUGAGCCCGAUACAGACAUUGAUGCAAAGUUAAAAAUAAAUAUUGAUAUAACAGUGGCAAUGCCAUGUGGCCGCAUUGGUGCAGAUGUUUUGGAUUCUACAAAUCAAAAUAUGAUAGGUCAUCAAACAUUAGUAGAAGAAGAUACUUGGUGGGAAUUGACAUCGGAACAAAGAUCUCACUUUGAAGCUUUAAAACACAUGAAUUCAUAUUUGAGAGAGGAAUACCAUGCCAUUCAUGAACUAUUGUGGAAAUCCAAUCAAGUCACAUUAUAUAGUGAAAUGCCAAAGAGGACUCAUGAACCUAGUUAUGCACCAAAUGCAUGUCGCAUUCAUGGCAGUUUAAAUGUUAACAAAGUUGCUGGAAAUUUUCACAUUACAGCUGGAAAGUCAUUGUCUAUUCCCAAAGGGCAUAUACACAUUUCAGCAUUUAUGACAGAUAAACAUUAUAAUUUUACUCACAGAAUAAAUAAAUUUUCAUUUGGAGGACCUAGUCCAGGUAUUGUUCACCCAUUAGAGGGAGAUGAAAAAAUUGCUGAUAAUAAUAUGAUUUUAUAUCAGUAUUUUGUGGAAGUAGUUCCCACUGACAUACAAACUUUAUUGAGUACCUCUAAAACGUAUCAGUAUAGCGUAAAGGAUCAUGAAAGACCAAUUGAUCAUCAGAAAGGAUCUCAUGGAAUUCCAGGAAUCUUUUUUAAAUAUGAUAUGAGUGCACUUAAGAUAAAGGUGACUCAACAGCGUGAUACAAUAUGUCAAUUUUUAGUGAAAUUAUGUGCUACAAUUGGAGGCAUUUUUGUUACAAGUGGAUUGAUAAAAAAUGUUGUACAGAGCUUUUGGUAUGUUAUGUAUUGUAAGUUUUUAUCAUCUAAAGAUGACAAAAAUGAUAGAAACUAUUCGAAUUCCAUGUUGGGACAAAAUCAUCAAGUGCCUGGAACAAUAAAUUUGCUGCAUGUUUCAGCACCCGAAUGUGUAGAUAUAAUGCUUAAGCCACAACCAAUAUAAUUUAUAUCUAUCAUAAUCUAAGCAUAAUCUACAAUUUUUAGGUAUAGCAAAAAAUGCUAUUAAAUUCUUGAUAUUAUAAAGAUAAUAGGCCAUGAAUAGUACAUUUGUAACCAUCUUGUACAGACCAAUGAAAAUAAUAAUAAUUUUAUAUUUACAA